AUGGAGCACCAGACUCAGCAGGAACAGCUUGCCCGGAUUGCAGAAUCUCACGUCAACGUGGGUCAGUUCGCAGGUCGUCUAGGCGGCAAUGGAGGUGGCAUCCUCCCAGACACGGACUCCUCCAAGGAGCUGCUCGAACGUGUCCCGGACGCGGCGCCCUUGAUGACCUUUGCGCAGCAGUUCGAUUUGCGCCCAUUCAGGACGCCGGAGUUGUGGAAGGCGGCUCUCAUGGAGGGUGUGGGCACGACAAUGUUCGUCUGGAUCACAAUCUACUCCAAUUCCUCCCCCCUCACCGAACCCUACGGUCCCACCGCGCAACUCGGCGUUUUCAACACUGCCAGCUUUCUCGGCCCCCUGGUCGGGAGCUUCCUAAUCUUCGUCUACCUCACCCUCUUCAUCUUCUGCUUUGGCGGUGUAACAGGCGCCCAUCUAAACCCCACUCUGACAUUCGCCACAUUCUUCGCCCGUCUCUCCUCCUUCCCACGCACAGUCCUCUACGUCGCCUUCCAGACCGCUGGCGGCGCGCUGGGGGGUGUCCUAGCCCGCUUGAGUAUUGGGACACGAGACUUCAAGGCUGGAGGAUGUUAUCUGUUUCCAGACCAGAUUGACACGGGGGAUGCGUUUGUCAUUGAGUUUAUGGCUACGUUGCUAUUGUUGUUCUUUGCGUUCGGGGUGGGCAUUGAUCCGAGGCAGAGGGAGAUUGUUGGGCCGACGCUGGGGCCGUUCUUGGUAGGUAUGGCGGUGGGAAGUGUGUCGUUGGGCAGUGCGUUCGCGAGGGUUGGGUUUGGGGGUGCGAGCACGAAUCCGGCGCGGUGUUUUGGCGUGUUUGUUGGGAGUCAUUUUCCGAGGUGGCAUUGGAUAAAUUGGAUCGCUGAUAUUGCGGCUGGCAUUGUCCACGCCGUGUUCUAUCAUAUUGUUCCUCCGUGGAAUACAGCACCGCAGUGAAUCACUUGCCGAGGCUCACGCUCAGAGGAGUAGGGUUGUGGUGGAUUGAGGGGAAGGAUGUGUUAUUCAGUAACCAAUAUUCGAGAACAACCUGCAUUCUGGCCAAGAUAUAAUCACAGCUCUGUAAAGAAUUCCAUUGGGAUGAAGCCAAAGACUGAGCUUAGCAACGCUAACAGUAC